CCCGUUACGCUCGUGCCCCGCGGCCGGACGUAAACAUGGCGGGCAUGAGUUUACUGCAGCGGGCUUCGGUCACUGCGCUGACGGCUCUGUCUGGUCGCCGACUCGCCGCGGGACUCGGAUUCGGAGGCUUUCUCACCCGCGGCCUUCCCAAGACUGUCGCUCCUGUGCGACACAGUGGAGACCAUGGGAAAAGACUAUUCAUCAUUAAACCUUCUUCCUUCUAUGACAAGCGUUUUGUGAAAUUAGCGAAAUUCUACUUUUUGUUGACUGGAAUUCCAGUAGCAAUUGGCAUCACUCUGCUGAAUGUAUUUAUUGGUGAAGCUGAAUUAGCAGAAAUCCCAGAAGGCUAUAUUCCAGAACACUGGGAAUAUUACAAGCAUCCUAUAUCAAGAUGGAUUGCUCGUACUUUCUUUGAAAGUCCUGAAGAGAAUUAUGAAAAAACAUUGGCUAUGCUUCAGAUAGAAUCUGAAAAGUGUGACUUACGGUUAAAGGAAAUGGAAGUAAGAAAACUAAUGCGUGCCAGGGGCGAUGGACCCUGGUAUCAAUAUCCUACCAUUGAUAAGGAGCUUAUUGAUUAUUCUCCAAAGGCAACUCCUGACAACUGAUCAUUUAUUUCUCUAAAUACAAAUUGUAUUCUCUCAAGUUGAAAAUAAAUUAAUAAGUACAUCUGUGUUUUUCUCUGUGAUAAAUAAAAGCUUUUUCCACUGUUCUUUUUCUCAAUGUUGGUUCAGACAAGUUUUUUAUUUUGGUGUUUCAGCUUCGUGUUUUUAAAGAAAGUUUAAAAUGGAAUAAUAGAACCUGGUAGCCAAGCAUGGUGGCAUGUGCCUAUGAUCUCAGCCACUUGGGAGAUAAAGAUAGGAGGAAUAUGUUCUGUGGCUGGUGGACAGAAGUGUGAGACUCAGUUUGAAGACAAACUAGAAAAGCAAAAGGGCCAACGUCAGGCCUCAAAUGGUAGAAUGCCUUCGUGGCAAGCUUGAGUUCACUCCACAAUAUAGCAACACAAACAGCAACAAAAAAAGAGGAGAAAGAAGAGGAAGAAAGAAAAUCCUGAAAAAUGACAGUCUGAAUUCCUGAAGUUGCAUUGCAGUAAGUAGCUUUGACAGAUGGCUGUUUCCUUUACCUGGCAAAAAGAAACUAGAGAAGUAUAACUAUGCUAAGCAUAUUAGGAAGUACAGUUAUUUAUACAUAUGUAUUGAAUCAUCCAGAUUGUUCAAGAGCUAUAUGAGAUUUUAAAUUGUAUUAGAAAUACUGAACCAACUAUAUAAGACAUGUUAGCAUGUUAAUAAAUUUUCAAUGA